AUGGCAACGAAUGGGGCAAGCUGUGAACAACCACAGAAGCGAGGAACCAAAGACAAACAGAAUGGACAUUUUGCAGGUCGGUUUUGAAACUUCUCCAAGUGAACCAGCAUUAGGCUGUUUAUGGAGAACAGAUAAACAAUUUUACCAAGGAAGGAGAAGUGUUGCUAUUGGUAUGCAGAAACUGCAAACAUUAUCUUGGCAAUUCUUCUUACAACAUUCCAGUAUUGCCAGAAUGGUCCAAACUGUUGCGUACUGCUUUAUUCCAUAGUUUAGAAACUACUAAAUAAUUAUACUUCAUUCAAAGGUCUAGACUAGAGAACGCCACCAAUUGCUAGUUUUAUGUUCCUAUUUAGGCCUAGACAAAGUGACAUGACUUUGUCAAAGGCACAUGAUAGCGUAUGUCCAGCAAAAUAAGGGGAUAUUGCAGUAGCUUUUUUGAUACUAGCCCAUUUUAUAGGUUAAUAUGACCUCACGAGUGUGCUCUGUAUCUGCAGACUCUGCGGUCAGUGAGAGGAGGCAGAAAGAUCGGGAGGAGCGUCUCGCUCUGGUGCUGUGGAGGCGGCCUAUCGUCACACUACACUACUUCCUCCUGGAAACCUUCAUCAUACUAAAGGAGUGGACAUUAAAGUAAACCACUACUUGACAGUAAAACUAGAAACCAACUGAUCAGUUGAAAGCUUUCUCAGUUCUGUUGUGUUUACAGUAACAGUCUGCCAGUCUAGUCAUUAGGUAGUUGUACCUAAUAAUAAACUGUUCCACUUCUUCCCCUCUGCAGGUUAUGGCGACAAAGGGGUACAGUGUUCUUGUUCCUGGUAUUGUGUUCACUGUUCUCCCUUGCCUACUCCACCGAGGGAGCACACCAGAAGGUAAGGAAGGAGAGAAACAGAAACCCCUAUCACCUCCUCUGUAAUUUAUUUAUUUUGGGAUUUUAAUGGUUAAAGAUAAGUAACUGUUCAUUCAGAUACACUGCAUUCCUAGAGGAAAGGUCACCUGAGGAGAUGUGUUGUGCUAUAAACUUUUUUUUACUUGAGGCUCAGGCCAGUACAUUGGAUGUAUCUUAGCUUAUAUGUUGAUAUUGUGGUGUAAAGCGUUGACAUUUCCUCUUCUUCCACCACUAUCCUUGGCAUAACAUAGGUCUCCAUUGUUCUCUCUAAAGGAUAAAUGUCUUGUGAAGUUGUAUGUUAUGGCUAUCUUUGUCCAUGCAAAAGCCUUAUGCGCUCUCUACUUCUCUCUCCCCCUCCUGUCUGUUCUCCUCUGCAGUAUGUGCAGUACCUGGAGAAGAGGUUCCUGUGGUGUGCCUACUGGGUAGGUUUGGGCAUCCUGUCCUCAGUAGGCCUUGGAACUGGCCUACAUACCUUCCUACUAUACCUGGUAAGUAAGAGAACCACCCUUCCCUUGCCUGUCAGCUGUGCCAUCGAAAAU